AUGGAGCAGUAUCAUUGUUGUUUGGAGGAAGAGAGGAGUGGUCUCAUGGAGAUCAAAGCUUGGAUCAAUCACCCCGAUGGCAAUUCCUUGCGAGACUGGGUGGAAAAUACAGAGGACACUGAUUGUUGCAAGUGGUCAAGGGUUGAGUGCGACAACACUACAAAUCGAGUGACCGAACUCGAUCUUUCUCUUGAAAGAGAUCGUUGGAUGUUAGGGGAUUUGUAUCUCAAUGUAUCUUUGUUUCUGCCUUUCAAAGAAUUAAAGAGUCUUGAAUUAACCGGGAACGGAUUAGUUGGUUGCUUAGAGAAUCAAGGUUUUGAAGUUCUAGCAUCAGGGUUGAGGAAACUGGAGGAACUUGACUUACAUUAUAAUAGAUUUAACGACAGCAUUUUAUCAUCUCUGCGUGCGCUUUCAUAUCUCCGGAUUCUAGAUCUAUCAGAUAAUAUGCUGACUAAAUUAUCAACUGAUAUCAAUGGUUUGAGGAAACUGGAGGAUCUUGACCUAAGUUGGAAUCAAUUAAAUGAUGGCAGUUUAUCAUCUUUGAGUGAGCUUUCAUCUCUCCGGACUCUAGAUCUAUCGCAUAACAAGAACUUGACUGGAUCGACUAGUAUCACUGGUUUGAGGAAUUUAAAAACCCUGAAUCUCGAUGGAGAUGACAUGAAGGAAAGCAUUUUGAUUGAGUCCUUGGCAGCUUUGCCAUCCCUUAAGACCUUUUAUGCUACUGAUAGUAAUCUAAACAGAACACUGGUUGGCAAAGGUUAG